GACACAUGAAACGGUCCGAGCUGCGCACUGUACUACAUUUCCCAGCAUGCCCGGCGAAAACCACUGCGCUGGCAUCCUGCGAGGCUUCUACCGCGCAGAGACGACACCGAGCGGAAUUAAAGUCAAAACUCCAGUCGUUUUGUAUGCCUACAGCGUCGAAGAGGAGAACUGCUUCAAAGUUUUCGUUUUGGACCAAAAUCCAUCAACAGUGUCUUGAAUCGAGCGCGUUUCCAGACUCCAGUUCUGUUUUAUUACCAGUGGUUAUAUAAAUGCAGUGACGGCGGAGGCGCAGCGCGUUAAUCGGUGGAGGAAUUAGUAUUUUGUCCCCGCGGAGAUGUGGACGGUGUAGAGACGCCUCAGGGCGGCGUGGGACUCUGGAUGGACACACACCUCCUAAAACAGUAGUUACUGAAGAGUUGAGAGGCACUUGGUGUUAGUUGUGCCGUCCUGUUCCUCUUGUUUCGCCCGGUGCAGAGCGCUCACACCGGGGGGAGCUCCUCCUGUCUCCCACAGCGGGCUGAGGCCAACACGACAAUGCUCGACAUAAUGUCCGAACACCAAGAAUCACUGUUGACGUGCAAAGCAGAGCCUUUGCCUCCAGAGAAGAAGAAGAGGACCGUAGAGGACUUCAACAAGUUCUGCAGCUUUGUCCUGGCAUAUGCUGGCUACAUCCCAAGUCCAAAAGAGGAGAGUUCCUGGUCUCCCACAUCGUCCAGCUCUGCACACAGUUCAGGGUUAUCGGCAAACGGCGGUGGGGGCAGCAGCUCCAUGGGCAACCCAUGGGCCGACGGAAGCUCGGACAUCCACACCAUCCAUACGUUUGUCCGCAAAGCACGAGCCAAUAAGGGCAAAAACAUCCGACGUAUGCACUCAGACAGCACUCUGCUGGACAAGAUGCGACUUAAGGACUCUCUGUACGAGAGCCAGGCCAGCUCUAAAGCAGAGCGCAAAAAAGAGAAAAAACUCAAAAAACUGUCUCUGGGUUCUGCCAUGACAGGAGCAGACAGCGGCAGCAGCGAAAGUGAAAAGAGGGCUCGCAUUAAACGCAGCAAAAACUCCAAACAGCCUAAAGCCAAGAAGCUAAAGAGUUCGGGGCAGAAUCAGAUGGACACGGAGAUAAGAGCAGGUAGAGACGAGCUGAACGCACACUCUGCAUCCACGCCAGGCAGCCUGGGUAAGACGAGGACAGACGAGUCCCUGAGGGAGGCAGAAGUGAGCUCCAGUGAGGGGGAGACCUGGAUCGCAGAUGAAGACAUCAUGGUUGAAUCAGGUGAUGAUUCCUGGGACUUGAUAACUUGUUAUUGUGGCAAACCAUUUGCUGGACGGCCAAUGAUUGAAUGCAACCAGUGCAGUAUUUGGGUGCACUUGUCCUGUGCAAAGAUCAAGAAGUCUAAUGUCCCCGACAUCUUUUACUGCCAUAAAUGCAGAGACUUGAGGCGGUCAGGACACAAAAAGGACACCUAGAAGUGAAGAGGACAGGGGACACGUUUUCUCUGUCCUUUCCCUGUUCUUUUCUUUCGAUGCCUACAGCCAAAACAGCCUGAGUUAUGACCCAAGUGGAAACAGAAAUGUCAGUUGUUUGUAGGAUAUAAUUUGACAAUCGUUCUUAUUUAUCUUUUACAUUUUAGACUUUUCUUUGGGUACUGUGUAAACUGGACAGAAGUUGGGAGUGACAGCCAAGGUUAAUUUGUUACCGAACAAAUCCUAUUGUAAUGACUUAACGUGUGUGAUAUGUAUUCUCACAUAUUGCGUCUCAUUCGCUUCAUGUCUCAGUUUCAUUAUAGAAUUGAACGAAGCAAUUGACAAAUCAGCGAGACUUUUAGUUUUAAGUUUACAUCUUUCAAACUGAUACAAGCUAAACGUUUUUUCAAAUUGAUAAUCUUUAGAAAAAGUCACUCCUUUUUUUGAGUAGUUUCGUUUCAAUGCUAGACAGGCAGCUAGAUUUGCUUUGAUUGUAUUUGGGGAGGGAGGGGGUAGUUUUGUGUUUGCUUGGUGAUCACUGAAGGCAUCUCCAGCUCAUUCAGAUAACUGAUUUUCAAAUGCUCUUGUAUCUGAAUUGCUAACCUAUUAACAGUCAUAACUACACGUUUUCAGCAUAGCACUUUUUUAAAACAACCCAAACACCAUUUCAGAAGCAUACACUGGCGGCUACAACUGCAGUUUACUUAAUCUGUAAAAGGCAUGCACCGAUCUUCACUUAUUCAGCGCUUAAAGGCCCAUAACCAAUAAUAUUCAACGCGGUUUAUGUGUUUUGUUUUAUUUGUGCUUUUCAUACGGAAAGACCUGAGGAUGUAAAGUAGCUGUGUGGUAGUGUUGAACUAUUUCACAUCGGCGUUGGAGACUUGACCCAGACUGGCUGUAAAAUGCGUUUUUCUUGUAAAUUUAUUUUUAGAUGGAGAUGGAUCCUUCUCAUGUCCGAUGGAGUAAGUCGUUAUGUACAGAAAUUAAUUUGGCGCCAUGUUGGUGGCAGGAUCGUUGUUUAUAUUUGAUUUUACCGUGUCUGUUUCUGUUGGGAGAGAUCUGAGGAGUCUCUGGUAGCAAUUGCACUCUCAACGUGGUUCCUCUGUACAUAUUGUGUUCUUUGACAACUGUACAUAUGUGAAAGUGAAGAUAAACUACCCAAGCAAAAUCUAUAUUUUCUGCAGUCUGAUAUUGUUUUCUUUAAUUGUAGCUUGAGAAAUAAAAAAAUCUGGGAAGAUCUUUA